UCACAAUAUCAUACAACGAGGAGUGGAGGGGAGCCGGUAGGUGGCAGCCGAGUCCCAUUUCCCAGAUACACAUGGGGGCAUCUCUCUCUUUUUGUAUCCUCACUCUAGCUAAACAUCUCUCUCUUUCUCUCCGAUUUCCCUUUUUUUUUUUUUUAUCUCACGCACGGACACACACAAACAAUACUUUGCUUUCCCUUAUUAAAAGCGACCACUGAAACAGAAGGACGAAAGUAAAGGGGCAAUUAUGGAAAGUCAGCCUUCAGAGUUAAAUGGGUGCACAUGGUCCUGCGGAGGAGGCAUUUUCUUAUAAGCUCCAGAAGUUCAAACUGAUCAGUUAGAGCAGCCAACAUGAAGACUGAACGAGAGGGAAAACAAUAUUUCCUCUCCCUCGCUGCUCCAGUCCUGCGGCUGACGGCGGAGUCGAACCACCAGCAGUGACUGGCGGAACAGUCUCAGUUGGAGAAAACAGAUUGUCAGUGGGAGGUAACCUACACGAUGCCCCCCUCCUGAACUUAUCAAUGCAUUGUCCGUCCGGGUUGCGGCGUGCGUUUUUAUUUCAGAUAGGAAAAUGCUGAGCGCACCGAGGCACUGUCGAGCGCACAGAGGGGAUACGGCCGUGCGCGCACUGGAACCGGUUAAAUUGUGAGCACAUUUGAAGCUUGCCUAAAACACACCGCAGUCCAGAGAAGAGAAAAGGAGGACGAUCAGCACUUUGUGGAUAAUACUCCUCGAAAAGAGACCCCCCUUGUGUUUUCUCAUCGAUGGCGAGGCGAGGCUCGAAUUGCCUCAAUGCAUGCAUAGAUGGAGCCAGGGCGCAGAAGUGACGGCUGCUUUUCGUGAACUAUAACUCCCAUCCAGACAGCUUGAGAUCAAGGCUCGGCGCUGAAGACACGUAGAGAUUGAGCUCUUGCUGUACGACGAAUGGUCUUCACACUUGAAGGCGCCGCUUGAAUUUCUGAUGGGGCUUCAUGGGCUUUUGGAGGAUACUCGCUGGGGGUUUUUUCCUCUUCCCAGAUGAACGCCUUUCCCUAAUGGAGAACGGAUCCAACUGAAGAGAAGCAUUUUAAUCGCUACAACUUUAUCGCCUCUCCUAUUCAAAGGAUACCUAUUCAAACGCUACACUGCGGGACUUCUGUCGUCGAUGUAUCCAGAAGGGAAAACAGAAAUAAGCUCUUGAAGUCCGCACUGGGUUGUGCGGUGAAAUUUAAUCAGGGUUGAUGACUAAUAAGUAAUAGGGACUUGGUGUAAAAGUUGUUUUUGAGACAUAAGCGAGCGGAACGUUAAAAUAACCCCACCUCUGCCGUCUUAUGUGCGGACGGGGUCUGUCAUGCAGUCUAAAUGACGGGCUUUUCGGGAUGUAUCCACCUGGACACUGACCUCACGAGGUCCUCCAUACUCUGUCUUUUGAAGAGAUCACACUUUAAACUCGUAAUUUAGACCUGGGAGAAAAUAAAAACAGCGCUGAUUGCUAUUCGCCAGAUUCACCAUUUAAAGAAAAUCUGGAACCUCCGAAGGUGUAUGUCGCUUUGCAUCGGGAGAGUAGUUUCAGCAAUGGCACUUGUAGGUGCCUCCGUGCUAUGUGUGUCCUGAAAAUAAAGGGGGAAAUAUCCGGUGCGGUAUCACUGUGAGACUUCAUUGCAUGUCAUCGGGACUAAUGUGUGGAUUACAUACCACGUCGUUUUGAGAGAAGGAACGUAAUGAGUCUGACAAGAAAGUGCCACCACGGAUUCUGCAAAAUCGCCUGAGAAUUGCGGAUUUUUUUCUUUCUUUCUUUCUUUCUUUUUUCUCGAUGCAGUUUUUGGGGAGGGAGCUGAAGAGGGGCUAUUCUCCGUCUAAAGCAGAGACCCUCCAGAUCUCGGUGUCAUCGCGAAUAAGGUCAACAUUAUGGUGGAUUGGAAAUUAACAUGAGGGCGACCUGAACCCUUUGGAACUGUGACUGAACCGCCAGUUGGCCCAAAUCCUCUUUCCAAAGAGUGGAAGACCAGUCAAUGAAUUAUGAAUGUUAAACAAGAUGACCUCCUCUCAGCAGCAGCAGAUGAUGCGAGGUCCUAGGUGGAACCGGGCCUUGUCCGACCCUUUGUUUGUGCUGCUCCUUGCCCUCCAGCUGCUGGUGGUGGCAGGACUGGUACGUGCUCAGACGUGUCCGUCUGUCUGCUCCUGUAGCAACCAGUUCAGCAAAGUCAUCUGCACCCGCAGAGGCCUACGAGAUGUUCCUGAUGGCAUCUCUACCAACACACGCUACCUGAAUCUGCAAGAAAAUCUCAUUCAGGUCAUAAAGGUGGACAGCUUCAAGCACCUUAGACAUCUGGAGAUUCUGCAGCUGAGCAAAAAUCACAUACGCAAAAUUGAGCUUGGGGCCUUCAAUGGACUAGCCAGCCUCAAUACCUUGGAGCUUUUUGAUAACCGCCUCACCACCAUCCCAAACGGGGCAUUUGAGUACUUGUCCAAACUUAAGGAGCUUUGGCUGAGGAAUAAUCCCAUUGAGAGCAUUCCCUCCUAUGCUUUCAACAGAGUGCCCUCAUUACGGAGGUUGGACCUUGGGGAGCUCAAAAGGCUCUCCUACAUAUCUGAGGGGGCCUUUGAAGGACUGAGCAAUCUGCGCUACUUAAAUCUGGGAAUGUGCAAUCUGAAGGAAAUCCCCAAUCUUAUUCCCCUGGUGAAAUUGGAUGAGCUGGAGAUGUCAGGAAACCAGCUAUCUGUCAUCCGGCCUGGCUCGUUUAAAGGGCUCAUUCACUUGCAAAAGCUAUGGAUGAUGCAUGCCCAGAUCCAGAUCAUAGAAAGGAACUCCUUUGAUGACCUGCAGUCACUUGUGGAACUCAAUCUAGCCCACAAUAACCUUACCCUCUUGCCCCACGAUCUCUUCACUCCAUUGCAUCACCUGGAGAGGGUGCACUUGCACCACAACCCAUGGAAUUGUAACUGUGACAUCCUCUGGCUAAGCUGGUGGCUUAAGGAGAUGGUACCUGCAAACACCAGCUGCUGUGCCCGCUGCAGCUCGCCGACCCACCAUAAGGGACGAUACAUCGGCGAGCUGGACCAGAAUUACUUUCACUGUUAUGCUCCUGUUAUUGUGGAGCCUCCCGCAGACCUAAAUGUGACAGAGGGAAGUGCUGCGGAGUUGAAAUGCAGAGCCAGCUCCUUGACCUCAGUAAGCUGGAUUACACCCAAUGGUUCCAUCAUGACUCACGGCGCAUACAAGGUCAGAAUCUCCGUGCUGAAUGAUGGCACGCUGAACUUUACCAACGUUACCAUGCAGGACACAGGCACAUAUACGUGUAUGGUCAGUAAUUCUGCAGGUAAUACAACGGCAUCUGCCACACUGAAUGUGUCUUCAACAGAGAACAGCAGUUUCAGCUACUUCACCACGGUGACAGUGGAGACAAUAGAGACACCGCAUAAUGAAGGCUUCACCACAACUGUGCAACACAAGGUGGGCCCCACACCUUCUGCUGGUACAUGGGAGUCUAUCACCCACACUUCUACAACAACCACCACAGUCCGAACCCCGCUCUCAACCAGCACCACUGAGAAGACUUACACAAUCCCCGUCACUGAGCUGGGCGGGGAGGGCUCCCUGAACGGCUUGGAUGAGGUUAUGAAGACGACUAAGAUCAUUAUUGGCUGCUUUGUUGCAAUCACGCUCAUGGCAGCCGUCAUGCUGAUAAUCUUCUACAAGAUGCGCAAGCAGCACCACCAGCAGAACCACCACGCACCCACGCGCACCAUUGAGAUCAUCAAUGUGGACGAGGACUGCGUGACAGGAGGCCCGGGCAUGGAGGGCCACUUGACGCUGCCUCCCCUCGAGCACGAGCACCUCAACCACUAUAACACAUAUAAGACUGCAUACAACCAUGCCUCCACUAUCAAUUCGAUACACAGCUCAGCCCACGAACCUUUGUUAAUCCGGGCCAGCUCAAAAGACAAUGUACAAGAGACCCAGAUCUAAUGCUUUUGUGAAACAUUAUAAAACUGAUGAAACUUCACACAGAAAUUACUGAUAGGACAUUAUUGACAAUUGGUUGUAAGGACUGUGGCUCAAACACAGAGGAACAGACUCGUGUGUUUGGCAAACCAGCGGCUGGUGACGUUAAUUCAAUGACUUUGGGAAUUAGAGUAUGUCUACUGUUUCAAAAAGUGUCUUUACAAAACAGAAGUUAUUUAUUUAAGAAAAAAAAAUAUUGUGGUUAAAUCAAGAAAAAACUGUAUUCUGCAAUUAUUUUUUCAGCACUUAAUUCAUUUUUUUUCUUUCCUUCCUCUCAUAUCACAAGAUCGUUUUACUAAUAUGCUUUCAAACUGUCACAAGGCAUCUGCUGAAAAAGAAAAAAAAAAUCCUGCGACAAAUUGCUGUUCCUUUUAUAAGAUUUUUUUCUUUUUCUUUUCUUUCUGGUAUAACUGCAGACUUUGGAUCAGAUGAGAUAGUAACAUAAUUUCCCCCAUGUAUCAAAGAAAUCUAGAGCACAUUAGUGAUUUUCUCCAGCUGUGGAUCAAGUGAUGAGAUGUUUUGUGGCCAUCUGUAACUGAGAUGAAUUAAACACGUGUUCAUCAUUUUGCAGUGAGUGACAGAACUGUCAGUGAUCAAAAUUGAUAAGAAUUCACUGUUUAAUUAUGCCUGUCACAUACAUUAGGCGCUCUCUGGUAUGUCAUAAAUAGGCUGAAUAUCUUGGCUGAGGGGAGAAAAAAACAGCAACAAAGUCCUGUGUUCUGCUAUUGUAAAAGUUGAGGCUCUCUAUUAGAAGUAUGCUUUUGAUAAAGUAAAUUUCAUUGAUCUCUACGUCUUUGUGUUCCAAUGUAUAUGCAAAAUAUAAUUUUAUACCUAAUCUCAACGUUCUUUUGACUGGAGUCCCAGCAUCUCAGAGACAUCUUAUUAGAGAAAACAUACCAUUAGUUGCAUUAAGAGGGAUUGAGUUUCUGAAAGUCAUGAUGCUGAGGCAGCAAGGAAAAAAUAUAAAUGUGGAUGAAGGAGGGUUGGGAAUAUAGAUGCAGAUUAUUUUAAAUUGUGCCAAAAGUCCACUGUCUCCAAAUGUUUCCAGUGAAUCAAAGCCUCACCUUUACCUUACUGUGCUUUCUACUGUUGCAUAUUAGGAUGACUGCUUUGAAGCCACCUAUUUAACGCCGGGACCCCUUACCUCAUCUGCGGCACUAUAGGGGUGCUGUAAGAAGCUGUCUGAUGAGCUGAAGAAAGAGCUUAAACCCUUUAUACAGCUGUCUGAGCACAUUGCUUGUCAUCUGUGUGCCACAUUUCCACAUAGGCCAUGCCUGGCAGCCUCAGAUUCACACCCUGCCCCUUGCCAACCACAGUUGGCCCUGAGUGGCGAGGCUUAUGCUGCGAGAGACUUCAGGGGUGAAUGUGUGGGAUCGGUCAUCAACCAGAUGUUUGGAUUGCACCUGCCUCUCGCCCUCUCGCUCGGCGACAACACAAUUUACAUUUUAAUCGAUGUGCCCAUGGGGCUUUGGAUGGACACAGCUCUGCAGGGGCUCACAGGCUGGAAACCAUUUCAAAGUCCCCACUUUGAAAAAAUGGUGGCAGGCGCCAUAAAUGCAGGGUUAGGCAGACAUUUGGCAGAUGGCCCUAGGUUUAUUUUUAGUAAGGAAGUGGAGUUUUUGUGCAACCGUCAAAUACAUCAAAGAGGUCAGGGCGCUGUCAUGCUUAACUCGCUUUUGUGUUUUUAUUAAAUAAACGUGCCAUCGGGAUUUAUGUGUAAGAUAAUGCCUCGUAGAAUGUAUGGUCAGAGAUAGCGUCGUGUGCUCUCUGAGGACUCACUGACCUGAAAGCUCAAAGCAUCGUCAAUAGGCCAAGGCCGUGAUUAGCCUCAGAUUACAGAAGAUUCCAGGAAGAAAAACAAUUCAACUUGUCAAUCAGUCAAUCAGUCAACUCUUCUUUUGAGGUCUGUCUGUCAAUCAUCAUUUGUUUGACUAAAAUACGGAUGAAACAUAUUAUUACAUAUUAUUAUUACUAUAUUAUUUUCAUUCCUGUCCCUGAGUAAAACAAGCUUAACAGUGGUAAUAUUCAUUGGUGCAGCAUGUUACAGCGUCUGCCUCCCCCUCUUAUUAUGAGCCUAAUUUCAAAAUUCCCAACAGUAAAGAAGGGUAUAUGUCUAACUCUCGACCAUUGUUCAAUACUGAAGACAUAUUAAGAAAAUCCCAUCCAGCUGACAAACACUUACAGCCCACAGAGAACGGUUUCAGCAAGUUUUUAACCUCAAUAGAAGAUGGUUAUACUCCGCAACGCUUCAGUGAGUAGAGAGAUUAAAUGAGAUACACUUUGCCUCAGAGGGAUACAAAAACUGAAUGGCGUUAAACAUGAGUAAUCAAAAGCCCAAUUUGCACAGGGCGAGUAUUACCUGGGGUACCUGUGACAUGUAAUAAACAAGUGCAUGGAUUAUAUAUAAUUAAAUGUUUCUAAACACAUACCCCUAACACAGAGGACAUUUAUUAAUAAUAUUAGUUUUGCAGGAAAGCGAAUAAUAGUUUUAUUUUCCAUAUUUUUUUUCUUUUUCUUUUUUCUUCCUCAGCCAGAUAAAGCCUUACAGAGGCUUAAGCAGAAAUUAUUAAUGAGAGCUUUGAUACUGUUUAGGAUGCAAGCAACUGCAUCCUAGCCGCUGUCAUACAAACUCCGCAGAACCACACGAUUUAAGAUUUAUUCUGUAAAUCUGAGGGGAAACACAAUAGUUUAAUUAUCCAGUGUGAAUGUGCUGCACACAACACAGAAUUGGGGAAUAGAUUUUCUAAACAAACCCGAGGUCCCCAGGUAAUAUUAGUCAUGACUGAAUGAGAUAAGUGAUUAGCCAAUAUCAUUGUUGUUGUUGUUGUUUUUGCCACCAGGACACUAUUCAUCCAAUGAUUGCACUUAUAUGGAGUCUGGCACAUCUGUAAACCAUAGAACAAGCCAGGUUUGUUUGUGUCAUUAUUCUAUGUUUAAGUUUGUAGUGGCGGGGCUGUGGAUCGCAAAUCCACUCGGUCGAUUUCGGAGGCUGUAACCAUCUUCCCUUUUUGCCUUUAGUUGGAAGUAAAUCGUCUGAAAAUUUCAAUGGUAAAUUUGUUGCAUUUUAGUCAAGCUGUCUCAUGUAUGUAAGAUAUCUAAAUAUUUUUGGUCAGUAUUUCUUUUCUUUCCACACGGUUUACUUUUUUUUUCUGAGAGGGAAUGCUGUUCUAGUGGUAGAUUUAUAUAAAAUACAUUUUGAGAAUAAAAUAAAACAAAAACAAAAAUUUUUAAAUUUUGAUUUUACAUGUGCCAACAACCUGUUCUAAAAGUGGGAAAAAAAGAAAAGAGAAACAUGCUGUAAAAGAAUAAGAGAUUGAUUUUCAUGUAAUCAUACUUUCAUGACCUUUAAAAGAUAUGGAGAUCGAUUAUAGAGACCAGAGUUUGUAGUUCAUACACAAAAUAUGGUUCAAAUAAACUAUUGUUGUUUUUC